AUGCUUUUCUCCACGGCCGGGGCAACUAAUUUUACGAGUAGUAGCUCGCUGCCGUUCAAUUGUACUCGAAAUCCGUCAGUCAAUCCGGUUCGCAGGCAACACCGCUCGCUGCCGCUCCUGUUACACCAUGCUUCAGUGCGUGUACACUUCGAUGGGGCGAAAGGAGGCGGUUGUUGGGGAGACCAAACGGUUACCCCACCGGCGCCGCUGAGCGUCUGGGCGGGGACGGGCCGGGCAGCCUCCGCCGUGCCAGGGCGAAGGGAGCGGCGGGGCGGCGCGGACGGCGUGGGGCGGGGCGGAGCGGGGCGGGCGGGGGCAGCGGGCGGCCUUGAGGACAGGGCGCGCGGGAGCGCUUCCUCGCCUCAUCGUCCUCUCGAAGACAGACACAGCCUCAUCCUCGACAUGCAGCUUUUGGUGAGUGCCGCCCGCCCGCCCGCGCUCGCUCGACCACCACGGCGCACCGACACUUCUCUUCUAACCGAAAUUCGCAGCUCUUGCCUCGGUCGCAAAUAA